AUGACAGAACUGACUGUUGCUGAUCCAUUCUAUAAAUUCAGCGAUGAUGACCAUACUGCGCUAAUCGUUUCGGUUUCGCUUGUGUUCGCCUUGCUUACCUUUACUGCUAUUGCCGCGAAGCUCUUGAUCCGCCGUGGACUGAGUUCCCUACAAUUGUUUGAUUAUGCUUUACUCCUGGGCACAGUGGCAAUGCUCCUCCAAACCAGUUUGAUUAUAGUAGCGGCCAAAGAAGGUCUGGGGACACAUGCAAACAUGUCCGAUAGCAAAAAAGAGAAGAUUCGCAAGUAUGAUACUUACCAAAAAGAAAAGUUACAGUAUUCCACCGCAAUCCUCGCCAUUUUUAUAACAACAUGUACGAAGACAUCGAUGUCUCUGCUCAUAAAGAAGAUCAAUGACAACGGUCGACUCCAUUACGCAAACAAAGCUCUCCUGGUUUUGAUUCUAGCAUUUUCAUUGUCGAGCAUUCUCGCCACUGUCUUCCAGUGUCCGCUACCAUCACCGUGGCUGGCGAGCGACGUCAUGAGCUGUCCCACUGCUAGAUCAACUUUCAUGUUUGUCAAUAUCAGUAACAUCAUCACUGAUGUGUUUCUGUGUACAUUGGCAGUUGCUAUGAUGUGGAGGGUUCAGACUACGAGAAACAAAAAGGUGUUGGUUAUUACCUUGUUUACUUUUCGGAUCAUUUUAUUGGAUACACAACAUUUGUACAACGGCCCAGAGAGCGAUUUCACAUGGCUGGCGGUCGUAUCUACCACUUGGCUCCAGGCUUCAUACAACCUGUCGGUAAUCACAGUCUGCAUUCCCAGUAUAAAAGUCGUUUUUGACAGCUUCUUUGGUAAUGGAACAAAAAUGACACUCGACCCUGCCUGCGAGCUCACCCAUAUCUCCACGAAGACGGACUACGCCAAAGGCGAGACUACCAAGCAUACAACGGUGCGUCGUAAUCAGACAACGUGUUACUCAAAAGCGAGGAGUAAGAAAGAUAACAACAGUCAGAGCGAAAGUGUACAAAAUUUGACCGAAGGAAUAAUAAUUCGUGAGGACUUCGAAGUUCAGCUCUCUGAUUGCAAGUCUAGGGCUACUUCUUUAGAGCGGUCACGCACGUCGUAA